UUUCUCACUAUAAAUGCAAGCACUAGGAUCCCUACCCUUUAGCUCCUCACUUAUCGCUUUAACUCCUCUGGGUUUUUUCUUUGUCUAACAAAGAAAAGAAAAUGACAAUAUCUGCUUCAUUUUUGCUUGCUUCUACCUUGCUGCUCACCGGGUGUGUUUUGGGUCCUAUAUCCCUUGUUUCAGCUAAACAUGGUGUUCCAUCUUAUGCUCAUAAGAAAAUCGCUUCUAAACCUUUUGAAGGGUAUCUUGAAAAUGGCAACUUUGAAGAACAGCCCAGCCCGACUGCCUUAAAGAAAACAGUACUCAAAGGAGCACACGCACUUCCCAAAUGGACUAUCACAGGGCUAGUCGAGUACAUCUCGGGUGGGCCUCAACCUGGUGGGAUGUUUUACCCCGUCGCUCAUGGCGUCCAUGCGGUGAAGCUCGGAAACGAGGCCACCAUUUCUCAAACCAUACCUGUAAAACCAGGGGUACUGUAUGCGCUGACUUUUGGGGCGUCCAGGACUUGUGCGCAAGACGAGGUGUUGAGAGUGUCGGUGGGUACUCAGUCAGGGGACCUUCCCUUGCAGACCUUGUACAGUAGUAUCGGUGAUGACGUUUAUGCUUGGGGUUUCAUUCCCAAAACCAAGUAUGCCACUGUUAAAUUCCAUAACCCAGGUGUUCAAGAGGAUCCCACCUGUGGUCCAUUGUUGGAUGCGGUUGCUAUUAAGGAGCUUGUCCGUCCCAGAGCUACCAGAUAUAAUCUGGUGAAGAACAAUGGCUUUGAAGAGGGUCCUCAUCGCCUAGUCAACUCCACCAAUGGUGUCUUGCUCCCCCCUCGGCAAGAGGAUUUCACAUCCCCACUCCCGGGCUGGAUCAUUGAAUCACUUAAAGCAGUAAAAUUCAUCGAUGCAAAGCACUUCAACGUCCCGGCCGGACACUCCGCAGUCGAGCUGGUUGCCGGGAGAGAAAGUGCCAUCGCCCAGAUCCUCAGGACCAUCCCCAACAAAUCAUACAACAUGACAUUCAUCAUCGGGGACGCUCGCAACGGUUGCAACGGAGAAAUGAUGGUGGAGGCUUUCGCUGCCAAACAUACAGUCAAAGUUCCCUUCACAUCACGUGGAAAAGGUGAAUUCAAGGCUGCAAGCUUAAUGUUCAAAGCUGAUACAGCCAGGACAAGAGUCACAUUCUACAGCUCUUACUACCACACGAGGAGUGAUGACUUCGGGUCUCUUUGUGGUCCUGUUCUGGAUGAAGUUAGGGUUUACCCUAUUGCUUAGAUGCCAAGUGAAAAUUUUUUUUAUGAAGCACUAGAGCAUAUAAGAUGGUAAGUGAAGGGUUUUGUAAUGGUUUUACGUUUGUAUAUUUAGCGGUUCUUGUAAGCUGUCUAAAACCAGAUGGAGGAAUGCGUUGCCAAUGUUGACUUUCAGCAAUCAUGGAUAACAAUUUGAAGAUGCUAUCUGUGUUUGAUCAAUUCUUUGGACGGUCUUAACUUAAUGUAUCAAUAAAAUUCAAAGUAAAAAAGAACCAGUAGUAGCCUGAUUUCCAACA